AUGACAAAAGAUGUGACAUGGGAAGAUGAGCCCCUCACAUCAGAAGGUUUCCAGCAUGCCACUCGUCGCAACCCUAGUGUAGGCCAUGCUACCUCAUAUCUACACCACUUCAAUAGCCUUCUGUUCCGCGGUUUCGGAGGCCCCAGGGCCUCUGCCCGGUUCGUCAUGGACAGUGCAGUGGUGAUGCGAGAGGAGGGCAGGCUGGGGUGGGGAGUCCGGCUGCAAGGCCUGCCGUCGGUUCUCUACAUUUUGUCUACGCAGUUCAAUUUGUUUAGCCCGAUGUCUGGUACCCAAUACCCUGUUCCAGUUGAAGUUCACAGCAAACAGUUGGAGAAGUUGGCCAAGAAGGCUGAGAAGGAUUCUAAGGCUGAGCAAGCCAAGGUCAAGAAGGCUCUUCAGCAAAAAAAUGUGGAGUGUGCUCGUGUCUAUGCGGAGAAUGCCAUCCGUAAAAAGAAUGAGAGCUUGAAUUGGCUUCGGAUGUCUUCCCGUGUGGAUGCAGUGGCCUCUAAGGUCCAGACGGCCGUGACCAUGAAGGGGGUAACUAAGAAUAUGGCUCAGGUGACCAAGGCCCUGGACAAAGCUCUCAAUACCAUGGACCUACAGAAGGUGUCUGCUGUGAUGGAUAAAUUUGAGCAGCAGGUUCAGAAUCUGGAUGUCCACACUUCGGUGAUGGAGGACUCGAUGAGCUCAGCCACCACACUGACCACUCCUCAGGAACAGGUGGAUAGCCUUAUUGUGCAGAUUGCCCAGGAAAAUGGCCUGGAGGUCAUGGACCAGCUCAGUCAGCUUCCGGAAGGGGCCUCUGCUGUCGGAGAGAGCUCUGUCAGAAGCCAGGAAGACCUUCCUUUCCCUCUUCCUCCAGCUCCCCAAGCUAACUCUGUAGCUGUAGGACAUUCUAGUUCUGGCACUCUGAUCUGA